AUGAGUGAUUUACCCUAUGCUGCUGACGCUGAGGCCUCUCUUUCAGGCGAAGAAUUGAAUAUAUUACGAAGACAAUAUUAUCGCGAAGUCGAUCAAGGAGACGUUACCACACAAACCAAAUUUAAUUUUGCCUGGGGUUCAAUUAAAAGUCGAAAAGCUCCCGACCAAGAUCUUGGUGUGACUCUUCUAAAAGAAAUAUUUAAAGAUGAUCCUGAACGUCGUCGCGAAUGCCUUUAUUAUUUAGCAUUAGGUAGUUUCAAAUUAGGUAGAUACUUAGAAGCCAGAGAAUUUAAUAAUAAGUUGUUAAAGAUGGAACCUGGAAAUUUACAGGCUCAAAAUUUACAAGAACUCAUAGAAAAGAAACAUGAAAAAGGAUUGUUGGGUAUGGUUAUUGUAGGAGGAGCUGUAGCUGUUGGUGCAUUGAUCGUAGGCACAAUUUUCAAUAAAAAUAAACGUUAA